UAAAAAAAUUUUUAUUGGUGUUGUUAGUGCUGCAAGAGUGACUGAUGCUGUUCGCUUCCUUCUUGCAUGAGCACACAAGAAGAUUAUUAGAUUAACUUGACCAAUUUCUUUUUAUCGUAUUCAUAUACUCCCCAAGAUAUGGAGCAAUUCACAAGCCAACCUCUUUCGUCUUCGAGCAAGAAGGAUGAAAGAAGGCUCAUAGAGAGCCAUAGAAGGAACCUGAUGAAGAACCUCUACUCCAAACUCAACUCUCUUCAACCUAAUUCUAACACCACGAAAGCGUUGCCGGAUCAACUGGAUGAAGCCAUCAACUACAUAAAGAGCUUAGAGGAGAAGGUGAAGAUGGCUGAGGACAAGAAACAGUCCUUAUUGGUUGGAAAGAAAAAGAGGUCGCGUCCUGCUGAAUGCAGCAGCAGCUCCAUCACCGAUUCAAUGGCGGCUUCUACUUCUCUUGAGCUUGUUAUGGCAACUUGCUUGGAUACGCAGUUCAUCUUCCAUGAGAUCAUUCGCGUGCUGCACGAAGAUCACCACAUCGAUUUCGCGCACUCAGAGCUUAUAGCCAAGCUCAUGGACAAGCUGUUGGUCCUUGACGAUCUCAUAGAAAAGUUGCAGUUUUCAGAAGGAGAAAGAGGAGACAGAGCUGAUGAGAAAUUGAAAUGGUUACAUCUAAUGCAAGAUGUUGUUCGUUUGGAAGAACAUCAUCUUUUGCAGAAAAUGGAUUCUGUUGAUUCUAUGAGUUUGCAGAAGCUACUGAAGCGUUUCAAGUCUCAAAUAUGUCAAAUCCUUUACUUCAUUCUCAUGAAGGGGAAGAAGGAUAACCUUGUCCUUGCCCUUGCCAUUGGCAAAGAAGAGGACCUUCAUACUCUGCCAGAAUUACCUUUAUCUUAUGUCAAAGAUAGCUUAUAUGGCAGAGGUGAAGAAGAGAGGUAUAUACUGGAAAGCCUACUGUUAUCAAGCGAACAGCAAAAACAGAUCAAGGUGAUUAGCAUAGUGGGAAAAUCCGGGGUAGGCAAGACUUCAUUGGCUGAUGUUGUUUACUUCAACCCCAAGGUUUUGGAGUGUUUUGAUCUUAGAGCUUGGGUUACUUUUUCCCACAAAGUCACUGCUACCUUCGUUGCAAAGAAAAUUCUUGAGGAACUAGUUACUGAUGAUGAUGGGGAGGAGGAGCUUGUUCCCGGUGAUGAUUUCGAUAACUUGAAGAAGAGAUUUGCUGGGAAGAAACUUCUGCUGGUAUUAGAUGAUAUUAUGGUUGAAGAUGAUGGCUUACACAAGUGGGACAUGUUCAUUGCUUCCCUUGAAUCUGCAGCAGCAAGAGGGAGUGCCAUAAUGCUAACCUCUAUUCCCCAUGACAAUCCAGAACUACUCAUGAUACCUGCUUGUCAUACUGUGCAUCUUGAUUCGCUGUCAGCAGAGGAUGCGCUGUCAAUCUUCUUGGUGCAUGCUUCUUCUGGGCGGACGGACCUUCACGAACACCCUGGGGAGUUAGCAGCAGUUGGCAAGGAAAUCGUUGGAAAAUUGGGAAACCUUCCCUUGGCUGCAAAAAUGAUAGGGAGCCUCUUUCAAGAUAAGCGAAAUCCGGAUCAAUGGGCUGAGAUAUUGAGGAGUGAAUUGCUGGAUGUAGGCCAUGCAAAUCUCCUCCCAAUUCCUCCAUUUCUAGUACUAUGCUACCUUGAUCUCCCUGCGCGGAUCAAACAAUGCUUUCUUCAUUUGUCAGUAUUUCCGAAGGGUUAUCAAUUAAAGCGGAAGCAGGUUGUCAACUUGUGGAUAGCCGAGGGCUUUGUGGAAAGCCCUGAUUUUCAAUCGAGUUUUAAGAGCUCUGAAGACAUUGGUAAUGCAUACUUCAGUUAUCUAGUAAUGAGGUCAUUUUUGCAGCCCAUUCGGUCUAGUGUUAGUUUUAUAAUGCAUAAUCUGGUUCAUGACUUAGCAACCUACAUGGUAGAGAAGUUAAACGAUUGCCAUUUAUCCUCUAAUCAAAGCACAGAGGGAAUAAGCAAUUUGAUAAACUUGCUCCACCUUGAUAUGAAAGGUAGCAGUGUGCAAGGAAUGCCUUUGAAAAUUCCUGAAUUUACAAGAUUAGAAAAGUUAGCAAGGAUUGAAGAAACUACUAUGAGUGAGUUUGAAGAAAUUCCUGAUGAAGCAAAGAUGGAAACUAAAUCCGCAAGAAGGAGAUCGCCACUUCAUUUGUCAGCCUCAAAUAUACCCAGUUUGAAGAGAACUGAUAUUCUUAGUCAUGAGGUUGAAGCUGAUAUUCCCAGUUUUGAACAGCAAAUAGACCCAAAAUCUUCAAUGGCUAAAGCUGAGAUUCCAGCGAGCAUAAAACAAGAAGCUGUCCUUCCUCUUAUGGAUACACCUAACACAACUGCUCCUGUCAAGGUAGAAGCUUUAACCAGAGAAGAUUUGGAUCAUGACAAACCAUCCUUCAAAGUAUUAAGGGUUUCAACUAUAUCACAAUUCAAGUCCUUGCCUGCCAAUCUGUACAGCCUAAAAAUUGAAGGGUGUGAAUCCUUGGAGGUCGUUCCAGAUGAUAUAUUAGGGGGAAUAACUACUCUUAAGCAGUUGUAUCUAAUCAGUUGUUCUUCUCUUAGAUCCUUUUCUUACCCCGGUUCCUUGACAUCACUUUACAUCCGUAACUGCAGAAGAUUAGAAUUUCUCCCAUCUGCAGUAUCAAGAAAGAGGCUUCCCUUUCUCCAUCAUUUGUCCAUAGGGAGUAGCUGUGAUUCUGUCACUACCUUGCCCUUAAAUAUCUUUUGUCAACUCAAAAGUCUUUGUAUAUGGGAUUGCCUCAAUCUUCGAUCGUUUGAUUUUACUGGGGAACCUAGAGGUGAUCUUACAUCUCUGGAGUCACUAGAGAUUAGAGAGUGCCCAAGAUUGGAAUCUUUCCCAGAGGAAGGACUGCAUGCUCCAAGGCUAGCAUCCAUUUUACUUUCCAACUGCAAGAAUCUUAAAAACUUGCCAAAUGCUAUGAACUCUCUCGCAUCACUCAAGUCAUUAUUUUUACAUAGUUGUCCACAGAUUGAAUCUUUUCCGCUUGGGGGAUUGCCUUCAAAUUUGGUUUUUCUAUCCAUAGCUUACUGUGACAAACUUACACCACAAAAGGAUUGGGGGCUGUACAGUCUUGAGUCUCUGAGUUAUUUUGAGCUUGAAGGUGGAUGCAUAGGCAUGGAAUCAUUUCCAGAGGAGAAUUUACUACCUUGCAAUAUCAUCUCUUUACACAUAAGCACAUUGAAGAGUCUCAAGAAUCUGGACUGCAAGGGGUUUCAACACCUGAAUGCUCUUCAGACACUUGAAAUUCAUUGCUGUGACAUGCUUCAAUCCUUGUCCAAUCACGGGCUUCCUUCGUCCCUGGAGAAUCUCUGCAUUCAGGAAUGCCCAUUGUUGACUAAUAAGCUUGAAUCCAUGAUGGGUGAUGAAUGGCAUAAGGUGGCUCAUAUUCCAGACAUCCAAAUUGAUCACCAAGUACUCUCUUGAGACACUCCCUUGUAUCUCUCAAGUCACUGUCCACAAAUUAAAUAUUUUCUACUUGGCUGCCUGCCUUGCGAGUUUAAAUUUUCUAUCAAUAGCUUAUUGUAACAAACUUUAAAUGGUGCCAGGUGACACGCAUUCAAGAAACAGUGUUGCAUGCUCGAAAUCCAAAAGCAAAACCAAACUGAUAGAUAAUUAGAUACAAUGUUGUCGUUUGUGUUACUUCAAGAAUUCAUAUAUCAUGCUGAGCUCUAGACUUUCAGAGUUUUACCACAAUUCUGCUACACUCUCUUAGGUUGUUACUAAGGAGCU